AGCCGAAAACCGUCGAGAUCAGUGAGCAGCCGCGGACGGCGGAGGCGAAAGGGUGGACGCGGCCGUAUCUGCCACAGUCGUGCCUGCACGUCGUUCACUCACCAUCUGGACGAGCGGCUUUGUUUUAAAGAAGAUCAUAUCGACUGGCUGAGCUACCACCCGAGGCAUGUUUUGCUAAAGAAACACCUAUGCAGGUGGAAUCUACACUAAUGAAUGUUGGGGAUGGAGGCCCGGUGAGCAGAGAGAUCAGUGCUCUGACUAAAGCAUCCACUAAUAUGGUGGGAAAUCCCCCCCAGACGCUACCCCCUGAGUUUAGAGGAGAUGUGAACCUCAGUCAGCAAAACAAGACCACUGCAACAAAAGACUCUAAGGCCUUGAAAGCCUGCCUGGACAACAGCAACUGCAACCAUAGUCCUGAAAACGCUCUGCCUCAACAGCCUAACAAUGCACCCAUGUCCAGCUCGGUCCUCACCGCUUCAGAGAAGCGAGCAGACAAACGGACAGAAACCCCUAAAAUCAGGGCUGAUGGGUCUGCGGUCUUCCCCGCUCCUCAGUGGUCGAGCGGCGUGAAAGCCGGCCGGGAGGACUCCCUUCACCCGUGUCACAGCAACGUGACGUCCGGUAAGAAGUCGCAGUCUCAGCAAAGCGUCGCCGCAGGGUUCCCGUGCUCUGCCAUGUUCAAACCAGCCCAGCCCGUUGCCUUUCUUCCCUCCGCUAAUUUCUCCCCUCAGCUUUGUAAAAUCACUCUUCCACCAGCGCUGGGUCAAAUCACAGCUUUGAGAGACGCGACGAGCGGCCAUUUCCAGAAGGAAGUUCAGCCUCAGGGCUCGGGUGUCGGCGGGACGCCCCUCAUGCGGACUUAUCCCUACUCGUUGUCGGCGGGUCGCGCUUCAGACAAAAAGGCGGCUGGAUCAAACAUAAAGCUCAAAUCCAACCACUCAUCAAGCAAGACUACCAAAUCACUCGAACACAAAUCUUUAGCUUCUGUGGUCGCCUCACCAGCUAUUGCAUUACCAUUGCAGCAUCCAUCCCUAACCUCAGCGGCCCCCACCCACUACACCUUGUCUCCGACAGCCGCCAUUUGCUGCGGCUCUGCGCUGGCCAGCAUCACCUCCCAAAGCCGGCUCCUGAACCACUUGGAAAAAGCCAACAGCGUAGACAAGACAGCCAUGGGCGCUCUCAACACGAUGCCUCCCUCUGCUGCAGAGGACCACACAGCCUGCCCCAGCGAGCAAAGAGACGUACCCCUCGACUUGUCCGCUAAAUCGAAACGUCCGAAAUGCAUGAGCGACGCACCAGCGUCCACGGUGGAGCCUCACAACGAGUCCAGUCAGAGGGAUUCAUUCAAGAGGACUCACUCUGCAGCCUACUGCUCCAGCGCACAAUACGCGGUCUUACCAAAUUCCCACAGAAACGGAUCCCAUCAGAAGCAGCUGAACAGGACUCAGAACCACCAGGUUACAGAACCCAAACCCGCAUGGGGUAAAGGGUCUUCACAGGACUCCAUUAAAAGUAUCCCCGGUACAUACGUAGGUGUGGCGAGCCCCAUACUGGCUUCCACUCUAAGAGGCAAAGACGGGAAGGGGACCUUCACAGACGAAUUUCAGAGCUUCGCAAAACAAGAGUUUAUAUCAAUUAUCGACCAAGGAGAACAUCUGGCAUCAGGAGGGAAGAAGCCAUCCUGUCUGGUGAAGGGGAACCAACACGCUCACAGCGGGAAGCACGUGAAAAACACCAGCUCGGCCUUAUCCAAGAACUGCGCCGCCAAAGGAGCUCUGUCGACGGUCCUGUUGAGCUCCGCCAACGCUGAAAGUCAAAAGAAAUGUGGGCCCAACAAAGCGGCGCCGCCGCACUCUGCUGCCGCCGUCAGUCCGGCCUGGCAGAGAAAAGUCCCGCAAGGAUCCCCGAAGACCAAAGGCGCCGCCGCCGUCACAGGGGGAUCCAAGUUUCAGAGCCCGUCCAAACCGGAGGACAAGUGGGAGAGGAUGAAGUCUCCCCUGUCCAACCUCGCCUCCAUCGUACAGCAGCAAGGCCUUGAAACGGCGGCGCCCACAAACGAGGGAACCGCCCAAGCUUCGCCUGGCGCCUCGAGAAAAUCCGACGUUCUGACUCCACUCAGCCAGGGCAAGGAGAUCCAGUCCAAGCAUGCCGCCACCUUCGAGUACCCGCCUUACUGGGCUGUGGACAAAUGGCCUUCUCAAGGGGAAUCCACUCAAGCUGCAAAACGGCACGAGAUGUUGAACGCUGCUGAACUUUCAGAAAGUGACACUGCUGUUCCCGGUAAUAAAGGAGAGCACGUGGGGCUGAAAGCCAAACAGGGCUCCUCCAAGCCCGCUGGCCAGGCUCGCCUCUUUGGGAGCAAUGCAUCAACGAACGGCGGCGGCGCGGACAGCAAACUCGCCCAGGUGCUGGAAGGGGAGAUCUCAAGGAAAGAAAGUGGGACAUCAAACGGUGCUGCGGGUGAAAAAUUGGAGGGCACGGUAGCAUCCAUUCUCACGGGCCAGCGUCGAGGCGGGAGCGACGCGUUGGAGAGAACGGCGAACGGUACCAAAGAGGAGUCACCGACCAAAGCAAAAGCAGCUGCUAUCAAACAGAAGAAGAGCGGCCCUAAGAAGCCGGCGAAGGAGGCGCCGCCAGCGGAGCCCGUAAAGAAGGCCGCAGGGAAGAAAAGGCAAGAGAAAGAAAAGACGCCAGUCAAAGUUUCUACGAACAAAAAGCAGAAGAAACAAUCUGCACCUGCGUCGGAGCAGAAGCCGUCAGCAGGAGAGCCUUCCCCACGCAGUAAAGAGCCCAACCCAAAGGACAAGAUCAGCUUCAGUGAGGCUGAGCAAGCAAGGCGCAACAAAACCGUUUCAGACAGAAACAGUCCUCUUGGUGUAGACACGCCGGUGUCUCCCAGUAACGCCGCCGCAUCCAGCAAAGAAGCAGACGCCACAGAGUCCGCCUUCCCCAGACUGAGGAGAGGACAGCGACGGGCCGACGACGCUCGACUCGAUCUGUGGGGCUUCGCCACGCCUUCCCCUCCGCCUCCACCUCCACCGCCCAAAGAUGUGUCUCCAUCGCCCCCGUCGACGCCCAGCCAGCCGGCUCGCCGUCCCAGAGGGAGGCCUCGCUCCAACGCGUGUGCAGAGCGCGCCUUCGAGGGGAAGGGGAAAGCGGCCAGGGCGGAGGCCGACUCGGCUUCACACAAGAAACGGCGGCGAUGUUCCAGCAAGAAGUACGAGACCGGGGACUACAUCACCGAGAAGGACAGGCUGGAGGAGGGAGAGCAGCGGGAAGACUCCCUGAGGGACAGCGAGGCCCCAGCAGAUCCACAGAGAGAUCGGUGUCCGAGCCCAGCUGCCUCCAGCCCGGAGCCCCCUCCUCCACCAAAGCCCUCAUACACUCGCUCAGGAUCGGUGCGCUACCAGGAGAGCGAGGAGUCCGAGUGCAGCAAUAAGCCUUCUGGAAAAAGGAAGUUCAAAAGCAAACACUUAAGCGAUGGCGAUGAACCCAAGAGUAAGACCAAACGCAGCAGCUCGGGGAAACGUGGCACCUCCCUCCCGCUGGAUGACGACGGUGCUGCCGUGAAAUCACACGUCACAACGCCCCCAGCCACUCCAAAAAGUUUGCCAUCCUCUCCAGCUUUCAAGAAAAGUUCCUCAGGAAGAAGCAGCGGCUCAGACUCGUCUCCCAAACGGCCCGUUCCCCCAGAGGUUCGCCGGCUGAUCGUGAAUAAAAACGCCGGAGAAACUCUGCUCCAGCGUGCGGCCCGCCUCGGCUAUCAGGACGUGGUCCAGUAUUGUCUGGACAAGGACGUCAGGGAGGUCAACCGGCGUGAUAAUGCCGGUUACACCGCUCUGCACGAGGCGUCCUCACGCGGUUGGACCCAGAUAGUCCAGAUCCUUCUCAAACACGGUGCAGAUGUCAACUGCAGCGCUCAGGACGGGACGCGGCCACUUCACGAUGCAGUAGCAAGUGACAACUUGCCAAUAGUGUGGCUCCUCCUGAACCACGGAGCAGACCCAACCCUGGCCACGUACUCUGGCCACACGCCGGUCAAGCUGGCGCACAGUCAGAGCAUGAAGACCUUCCUCACAGAAUAUUUCUCAGACCUGGAAGGCCGCAGUGAAAAGGAUCCUAGUUUACCCUGGGAUUUCUACGGCAGCUCCCUGUUCGAAACCGAUCAGGAGCCGUGCUGGGACUUCCUGCUGUCCGAGCAGAACCAGGAGCCCGAGGAGAACGGAGACGCCAAUCCCGAGAGGGACUCGAACGCAGAUUGUCUUCUGUUUGAGUUCUCAUCCGAGCCGCUUUUACCCUGCUAUCAUGUUCAGGUGUCGCUGACCCAGGG